GUCUGAAUAUUUUGGCUGCUUUUAGUCUUCGCUCUCUUAUUCCACAUUCCGUACACUGACAGCACCCAGGAACUUUAAUAAAGGAGAUACCCCGUAGCCCUGUCUCGUAUUGGAAAGUAACUAAGCGUUAUCGACAUCAACCGGCGUUGCUUGUGCUGGUUAAAAAAGGCAUCGAUCCACUUUCGACUUACGCUAGAAGCCUCGAAAGAGGCUUUACAUUGCAAAAUGCACAUCGAGCGCGUGGUUGUCCUCACGGUCUUCAGUUAUGUCAUUGCCCUUCCCAGUGACAUUAAUCUCGGCGUCGCCCUGCGAGGAUGUGAUGUUGAGGCCUGCGAUAUGGAAUGUAGAAUGGCAGGCAGUAGCGGGGGCAAUUGUGGGGGCAAUCCGUCUCUGAAUCUUCUCGGGCUUCCUUUACUUAGCACGAACACCCCGGAUGAGAGUAACUGCACUUGUUCUUGGAGCAAUUCUUCAAGCGCAGCCCCAGUCACGCUUACUGCUGCGGAGACACUCACCGAUGUGGAAUCUUCCACGAUUACGAAAACUACCACCGCCACGGAAUCCGUAACGGCUACAGAGACUACGACUGACACACAGUCGCUUACGACAACACAAACUACAACUGAUGUACAGUCUACCACAGCUAUAGAGACGGUAACGGACAAGCAGUCGUUGACAGCCACCAAAAGUGUUACGGAAACGCAGCCUACAACAGCUACGCAAACAGUCACCGACACACAGUCUUAUACAGUGACGCAGACUGCUACUGACACAGAAUCCCUGACAGCCAUACAGACCAUCAACAACACCAUCACAGCCACGCAGACUACGACUGAUAUAGAGCCUACUACGGCGACACAUAUCAUCAAUAAUACACUCACAGCAACUCACACAACGACUGACAUAGAGUCUACUACAGCUACACUUACAAUCAACAACACACUCACGGCUACACAGACAAUCACAGAUACCAAGUCUUUCACAAACAUGGAGAUCAUCACAGAUACACAAACUAUGCACCACACAGAGUCGGUCACGGCUACAGAGACCAUAACCAAUACGGAAUCUGUCACAGCCAAACCCACACCAACCACCGUAACGGACAUGCAAAUAUCCACAAUGACUGCCACCCAAACCGCUACCCCUUCUCCAGAAGUUGGGGCCUGCUUCUGCUGCACUGAGCAGGUCCGACUGCCUUAUGAACUUAAUGGCAAUUGUGAUAAUAUUCCAGUUUCUAAUUCGACCGACAGCUGCCCAUCCGGCGACGAUCCGAAGCGGAGCCACUUACUUUGUUGCGAUUCGAGUGGAUAUUGUAUCCAGAUGUCAUAG